CAGGGUGAUAAAAGACGGCGGGAGGUGGGAAGACCAGAGUGUCAACCAGCCACCCAGCACCGGGGACCCUGAGUCCACAGCGCACCUGCUCCCGCCCUGCUCCCGCCCGACAGCGCUCCUGCCCCGCGGUCCUUGUUCCCCAACGUGUCCCAGCCACCGCCAGCCUAGGUGGGCUUCAGGAUGAAGGCGGCCCGCUUCGUGAUGCGCAGCGCCAGCUCGCUGAGCAGCGCCGGCCUGGUCCCCAGGGAAGUCGAGCUGUUCUCGCGCUACAGCCCGUCCCCGCUGUCCAUGAAGCAGCUGCUGGACUUUGGUUCAGAAAAUGCCUGUGAAAGAACUUCUUUUGCUUUUCUGCGACAAGAGUUGCCCGUGAGACUAGCCAACAUCCUGAAGGAGAUUGACAUCCUUCCUGAGCGACUAGUGAAUACCCCCUCCGUGCAGCUGGUGAAGAGCUGGUACAUACAGAGCUUGAUGGACUUGGUGGAGUUCCAUGAGAAGAGUUCAGAAGAUCAGAAAGUUCUAUCAGACUUUGUAGACGCGCUCAUCAAAGUUCGAAACAGACAUCAUAAUGUGGUCCCUACAAUGGCUCAAGGAAUCCUUGAGUAUAAAGACACCUGUACAGUUGACCCAGUUACCAAUCAAAAUCUUCAGUAUUUCUUGGACCGGUUUUAUAUGAACCGAAUUUCUACUCGGAUGCUGAUGAACCAGCAUAUCCUUAUUUUCAGUGACUCAAAGACAGGAAACCCAAGCCACAUUGGAAGCAUCGACCCAAGCUGUGAUGUGGUAGCAGUGGUCCAAGAUGCCUUUGAAUGUGCAAAGAUGCUCUGCGAUCAGUAUUAUCUGACAUCGCCAGAAUUAAAGCUCACACAAGUAAAUGGAAAAUUUCCAGGCCAACCAAUUCAUAUCGUGUAUGUCCCUUCGCACCUUCAUCAUAUGCUCUUUGAAUUAUUCAAGAAUGCCAUGAGGGCCACAGUUGAGCAUCAAGAAAAUCGCCCUUCCCUGACACCAGUCGAGGCAACUGUCGUCUUGGGAAAAGAAGACCUUACAAUCAAGAUUUCUGACCGAGGAGGUGGUGUUCCUCUGAGGAUCACUGACCGCCUCUUUAGUUACACAUACUCCACUGCUCCAACGCCUGUGAUGGACAAUUCACGGAAUGCCCCUUUGGCUGGUUUUGGUUAUGGCUUGCCAAUUUCUCGUCUCUAUGCCAAGUAUUUUCAAGGAGACCUGAAUCUCUACUCUAUGUCGGGCUAUGGGACAGACGCCAUCAUCUACUUAAAGGCUUUAUCUUCUGAGUCUGUAGAAAAACUCCCAGUCUUUAACAAGUCAGCCUUCAAACACUAUCAGAUGAGCUCCGAAGCUGGCGACUGGUGUAUCCCAAGCAGAGAACCAAAAAACCUGUCAAAGGAAACGGUGGCAGUGUGAAGGGGAACAUGUAGGAACCUUUAUGGGAUCAAAGUGGGUCUAUGGCAGUGCUGCUUCAUGAAUGUGUGUGGACUUUUGUUUCCGCAAAACAAAACAAAACAACCAACCAAGCAAAAUACAAACGCUAGGACAGACAUUGAUCCAAUGAGAGAUGGAGCUUGGUUGUGUGACCUGGGAGAAGUCAGGAGGGCCAGACUCCAGUAGACUGCAGGUGACCUGCUCCUCAUUUGGCAAUGCAGAAUGACUCGAGGUUAUUGCAAAUACUGAAAAGAAGUCAGUCUCUAAGUUACAUCUCUUUCUUAAUAAGUACAGGAUUUGAGGUUUGCAGGCUCAACAGGUGGAUGCUUUAGAAUUCUUGUUGCCAUCCAAAUAUAUUGGUGUUCAGUGAACAUCAACUAUUGAGACAUGGGUGUUUUCCUGCCAUGCAAAGAUUAGAGUGUUACUAGAAAUGUCUGUAAAUGUGCAUUUUGUAGAUGUUAAUAUACUCUAGACAGGACAGGACGAAAGAUGCCAAAGCACUUUAUUUAAGCUUGCAGCCUGGGCAGCGUGGCCUAUGUACAAAGCUUCUUUGGCAAGACAGCUCCAGUAUCACACAGCCUUUCUUGUUUGGACUACACUCCAUAAGCCAGUGAUUUUUGGUCUGUGCCUACUUCUGGGUGAAUUGUUAAAUAUGCACUGAAUUCAGGAAGUUGGGUUGGAAAGGGAAAAAAAUCACCAAAGUGAUCCAAAGAUUGGAUGUGGAAAAACCCACAUUAGAGAAAGAAAUCACAUAUUACAAACUUAAAUGGGAGUUCUCUAACUGGAAGUGGUGAAGAAUCCAGGCUCCAGGCUUAAAACCGUGUGCAUUUUAUGUUUUAAUUAUAGUCUCUACACUCCAAUAUUAACAUAUCUGUUCAAAUUUUUCUAGUGCCAAUUACCCUGAGAGCAUUAAAAUUUAAAUCUUUCUUGGGGUUUUGUGUUUUGUUUGGGUUUUUUGGUUUUGGUUUUUUAAUGCAGUAGUCUGGAAGUAAGUUCUCAUGCCAGGAUGAUGUCAUUUGUGAAUCAUUGGGACUCUGAGAACCAAUGACUAAAAGCUGUGAUGUGCGUGUUGCUCAGAGGAUGAAGGUGUAUUUGGCAGGCAUGGCUCAUCAUCCAUGCAGAUCACCCUGAGAAAAGAAAGAAAAAAAACAAUAAACAAGGGAAGGGAUGGAAAGAAGAAAGGAAGGAGGCAGAGGCAGGCAUCUUCCUAUUGCCCCCACAAGCCCGUCCAAAAAAUCCUGUUUUUCCUCCGGAGAGGGGUGGAGGAUGAAUUGGUGUCUUUGAAAGGAGUAUAGCUUCUUAGAAGGGUUUCUCUCUUACAAGACAAGGAGUUUGUGAAAUAAUGAAUUCAUUUGUCUAAAAAUAACAUUGGAACUUUUUCUGAAUUAUAAAUCUGAAUUAUAAAUUAUAAGUCCUGUGUAACAGGGAGUUUGAAAUCUGUAUGUAAUUUUAUGCUGACCUAGUGCUGAGGAAUAUCUGGCUGUGGCAGCAGAAGCCACAACUAUUUAGAUUUCAGAUUUGAUAUUUGGAAGUCCUGGCCAGUGACUUGGAUGGUAGGACUUUGAUUCCUGCAUUGAUUGAUCACACAAAACCGUUAGCAUCUAGCUUACCUAUUGUGUUGUUGUCACUGUUUUUCUAAUUGAAAUUUCAUCUGUAUGUUUGUGCAUAUAAAUACUUGUGUUUACCAAAGAUCUAAGGCAUUUGGUUAAAUAACCCAAACAUUCUGAGCUGUGUUUAAAAUAGUAAAGAAAAUCUUUAGGAUCUCAACAGCAUCAACUGUGUAAAUUAAACUGAAACAGUCUUCCUGGUAUUUAUGAACCCAUGGGAGACAUUAGACUCUAGUGAUUGGAUAUGAAUGCCCAGGCCCACUUAACUUAUUAAUGUGUGGAUGAUAUUUUUGUCUGUAGGUUAUGUGCAGAAAAUGUGAUAAUUUUAUAAUAAAUAUUUUUAUUAUACUAUU